AUGAACAAGAAGAGUAUUGAAGAUGUUAAUCUCUCUGGCAAGAGAGUACUUGUAAGAGUUGACUACAACGUUCCUCUCAAGAACGGUAUCAUCAAAGACAACACAAGAAUCAAAGAAACCAUUCCUACAUUGAAAUACAUUCUCGAUCACGGAGCAACACAAAUUGUACUGAUGAGUCAUCUCGGUAGACCUGACGGUAAGGUGGUUCCCGAUGCAUCGUUGGAACCUGUUGCUAAAGAGUUGGAAAAGUUGUUGGGUGAAUCUGUUAGAUUUGCAAAGGAUUGUGUUGGUUCUGACUCUGAGAAGGCUGUUCUCGAAGAGAAGGCAAAGAUUGUCUUGCUUGAAAAUCUCAGAUUUCACCCCGAAGAAGAGGUGUUGAAAGGAACCUCGGAUGAAGCCGUUGAGAAAUUUAGAGCACAGUUGGCCAAGUAUGGAGACGUUUAUGUGAAUGAUGCUUUCGGUACUGCUCACCGUCCACACUCCAGCAUGGUUGGAUUAAAGAGAUUAGGAACUUGCGUUUCUGGAUUUCUUUUGAAGAAAGAACUUGACUAUUUCCGUAAGGCUCUAGUUGAGCCACAACGUCCAUUUGUUGCAAUUCUUGGUGGUGCCAAAGUCAAGGACAAGAUCAAGUUGAUUGAAAACAUGCUGGACAAAGUUGACGAAAUGAUCAUCGUUGGAGGAAUGGCUUUCACUUUUAAGAAAGUGUGCUUUGGUGUAUCCAUUGGAAAGUCCUUAUUUGAUGAAGAAGGAUCAAAAAUUGUUGAAGGUUUGCUUGAAAAGGCAAAGAAGAAUGGUGUUAAACUUCACUUCCCAAUUGACCACGUUUGUGCAAACGCUGUAAAUGAUACUGCAGAGAAAUCUAUUUACACUGAUGAGCAAGGAAUCCCUGAUGAUUUGAUGGGAUUGGAUAUUGGCCCACAAUCUAUUGAGUUGUUCAAACAAGUCAUUUUAGGUGCCAAAACUUUGGUUUGGAACGGACCAGCAGGAGUAUUCGAGAUUAAGCAAUUUGCUACAGGCUCAGUUGGUUUGUUGGAUGCUGUUGCAACUGCAACUGAAAAAGGGUUAGUUUCAAUUAUUGGAGGUGGUGACACUGUCAGCUUGGUUUGCAAUAAUGGUGCUCAAAAUAAGGUGUCACACAUUAGCACAGGAGGAGGUGCAUCAUUGGAAUUAUUGGAAGGACGUAAACUUCCAGGAGUUGAGGCUCUUGAUGACAAAUAA